GUUUGGUUUUCCUUCAUUUCCACCCCACCCCUGGGUGUAAUUUUUUUAUUGAAUUUGUGAGACGAUAACAUCAAAGAGGAUUCUCAGCUCUUUGGAUAUGUCAUAAUCUAGUCAUUAUAUUUUUUUCCAUUCCCAAAAUUUAUCUUGUUCAUACAAUUAACAAAUCAAUGAAUAAUAAUAAUCGAUAGCUAAUAAUUAUACGAAUGAUAAUUAGGGGUUGAGAAUGGGUGAUUUUUUAGCGAUUAAUAACACAUGUGGACAGAAUUUAUUGAGACUAGUGUCUAGGGGCAAUGCUAUUAUCGCUGAGUUGAUGAGACUGAAGGAAUACGUUCCUCCAAUUUUCAGAUUAGGGACUAAAGCACAUGUUAAUAAAUAUGGAUCAAUCAUCAUGGAUUUCGCGUACUUCAAGGCAGCAAAUGUUCAUGAGCAGAGGAUUGAGAAUGACUCGAAUCUGCAAGAGCUUGAUGAGAAUCUCAGAGAGAAUUACUCCGAUGUACUCACACGAUUUUAUCUGGCCUUCGAGAGUAUUCACAAAUACGUGACAGAUCUGAAUACAUAUCUAGAUGAACUAGAGGAUGGAACGUACAUUCAGCAGUCCAUGGAGACUGUCCUCUUGAACGACGAAGGAAAACAGCUGAUGUGUGAAUCGGUGUACCUCUACGGGGUGAUGCUUCUCCUGGUGGACCACCAGUUCGAGGGUCACAUACGUGAGAAACUCCUGGUGUCGUACUACCGUUACCAUGCACAACGUUCCUCAUCAACUGGAGUGGACGACGUGUGCAUGUUGCUGCGUUCGACAGGAUUCACGAAAUCCUCCCUGAAGCGCCCCUCGAAUUACCCAGAGGACUACUUCAAACGUGUCCCCAUAAAUUCCUCCUGCAUUGACCUGCUGAUCGGUCGUCUGCGUUCUGACGAUCUCUACACUCAAACCCUGGCCUUCCCGAGUCCCGAGCACAGGAGCAUCGCCUCGGCAAACCAAGCAGCAAUCCUCGUGGUGAUCCUCCUCUUCCAGCCCUCGAUCCUCCACACUGGCUCCGCAGUGAUGCGAGAGAUCGUCGAUCACUUCUUCCCGGACAAUUGGGUCAUCAGUAUCUACAUGGGGCUCGUCAUCAAUCUCUGCGACUGGUGGCUACCGUACAAGGCAGCUCGCACAGCCCUCAACAACACCCUGGAGGCAUCCAAUAUCAAGACUCUCUCUCAACUAUACGGUAAACGAAUGAAAAAAUCGACAAUUGAAACCGAAAAACUCCAGCUGGCAGUCUCAGUCGAGGAGAACGAGAUUGAAUCAGUGGUGAAAUUAAUUCGAGAGGCCAAUGUGUCCCUCCACUGGAUCCUACUGCACACCACAACUCCCACAAUUCUUCCGGAGGAAUCCAAAAGAGCGAGAACCCUUCGACAGCAGGUGAUCAACGAGAGCACGUACACCUCGGAGGAUUCCCUGCGACUUCUCCUCAGCACAGCACAAAUCGAGCAGGACCUCAAGCAGAUGUACAAGCAACUUCUCCAGGACAAGGAGUCCAAGUGGCUGGAGAACAAGAAAUCCUGCGUCGAGAGGAUAAAAGACCUGGGGGAGGUAUUCAGUGGGAAAAGAAGGCUAGAUGGUAUUGAAACAAACGAGUGCCUGGAGUUGUGGUUCAAGGAGAUAAGUGGACACGUGAGUUCACUGGAACAGGAGGACCUCAGAAAAAUAGCCCAGCUGCUGCAGGCUCUUGAGGAAGUCCAGGAAUUCCACCAGCUCGAGAAUAAUCUCCAGGUGUCGCAGUACCUGACGUCCACCAGGGAAAUUCUCCACAGUAUGAUAAGAACUGGAAGUAUUACAGAAGAUAAUAUGAUUGCCCUCAAUAUUAUGACUGACUGCUGCUACGCCUGGACCAUUAUGGAGUCCUUCGUGGAGACGAUACAGUCGAGUAUCAAGAAAAAUCCUCCAACUGUAAUAAAACUCAAGGCGUUGUUCCUGAAGAUGGCAUCGGCCCUGGAGACUCCUCUGCUGAGAGUAAAUCAGGCGAGAAGUGGGGAUUUGGCUUCAGUCUCUCAGUACUACAGCAGAGAACUGGAGAGUUAUGCUCGGAGAGUUCUCCAGAUCAUCCCAGAGACGGUCUUCGGCCUUCUCGCGCAGAUCGUCCACCUGGAGACCAAUAUUUUCAAGGAAAUCCCCACGAGACUGUACAAGGAUAAACUCAAGGAUUACGCUCAGCUGGAGGAGAGACUUCAAAUGGCAAAAUUGACGUAUGCUGUCUCAGUCUUUACGAAUGGAGUUCUGUCCCUUCGUAGUGUUUCUUUGGGAGUCCUUCGGGUGGAUUCCCAUCGUCUCCUCGAGGAUGGUAUUCGUCAGGAGCUCAUCAAGAAAGUCACCCUUGCCCUCCACAACGGUCUCACCUUCGACUCGAAGAAGAAUUCCCUCGUUUCCAAGCUCGAGGAAUUAACGAACGUCAUGGAGGGCUACAGGAAGUCCUUCCAGUACAUCCAGGACUACAUAAACAUCAACAGCUUGAAGAUCUGGCAUGAGGAGAUCACUUACAUCAUCCACGUGGCUUUGGAGGACGAGUGCAAGGACUCCUGGAUACCUGGAAGAAACUGGAAGGUUUUUAUGCAUGAGGAGAAGUCAGAGAAUUCCAGCCACGAGGGGAAUGGCUCCUCCUUCAUGGGAAGACUCGCCCGGGAAUUACUCAGGAUCACUGAUCCCAAGUCCACGAUUUACGUGGAGCACAGUCUCGCGUGGUACGACCUGAAGAGCCAAGUGGAGGUUCUCGAUCACAGGGUGUUCUCCAUGAUUCUCAAGGCCAUUGGAACUCCAGGACUCUUCGGACUUGAUAAACUCCUGAGCCACUACACGUACGUCGAGCUGGGGAAUCUCUACAGGCACGUGGAGCAACUCAGGAGAGACAAGUCCUGGGGGAAUUUACUCGAGGAGUGCAGGGGAAUCAUCAGCAACUCAGAAUCAAGCAGGAGCAAUCCUCCUAGAAUUUAUUCUCUGGUAACCAACACCGUGGGGAAAAUUCUUCCCCAGAUGAUUGAGAGUCUCCUGAAAAUCGGACACUUCCAGUUAUUGAGGAGCAAAAUCGCUUAUGAAUUGAACACUGCAUGCAAGUUCGAAGCUAAACAUAUGGAAGCUGCCCUCAGGACUUUCAACUCAGCCCUUCUCUUCGAGCUGGGGAAAAAAGGAGACAAGGAGAUAACGAGGGCUGAGGAGAAUAAACUCAUCAAUGAGCUGAGUGUCAGGUUAGAUUGGGCUGGCAUCAGCGAUCAUCUCAACAAGACUUAUAUUAAUUUUCCUGAAGGAGGUGAUCUCGACAUCAUCAUCUUUCUCUUCACAAUUUCCUGUCUUCACAAGUUGAAUUAUUGCAAGAACACAGCGAGUCUGCUGAGCAAGAAAAUCCAAGACCCUGUGGAUGCUGUUGUUUUUACAAUUGGAGUUCAUUCUUUUCUGAGACAAUUUGAUGCGGAUGUAUUGGAGAGUUAUAUCUCAUUCUUGUGUAAAUAUCUGAUGGCCUUCGUCGCGAGUGAUGGGGGCAAAAUGGGGAGUGAAUGGGAGGCAGAGGGUUCCACAGUCCUCCACUACCUCCAACUGCUCUCUAAAUACGCGUGUAUCAAGAAAUCCACGAUUAUGAACCACAUUCCAGUGAUAGUUCUCGAUCAGUAUAAGAAAGUCAAAUGAUGUAUUUCCAAUAAAACUUCCAUCAUGUUAUUGCUUUGAAAUGAUCUCGAUGUAGAAGCCAAUUUGCAGAUUGACUGACCUAGAGUCCCGAUAAACGCCUGGACAUGUGGGUUUUUAAUAAAAACUUGUUAUGUUUA